AUGGCAUCACACCAAAGGUCGAGGUCUCCAUCGACCCUUUCCGAGGGUGAGAUAGUUGAGACAGGCUCAGAGUUGAAGGCAACUGCGUCACAACCUCCUCUUAAUGGCACCAGCGUUGACCGUCCCCCCAGAGCUAGUACACCCUCUGCACCCAGAUCCCGAUCACCACGCCGACGCAGAUCAUGGACGAGGUCGCGAUCCCGAUCACUUUCUCGCUCACCGUAUCGGGAAAACAGAGACAGAGGUUAUAAGCGCAGGCGCGACGAUGAUUAUGAUGAGCACGAGAGUCGGAACGCCCGGUACGAACCCGCGCGCCGCUAUGGAUCCAGAUACGACGACAGACAAGACAGAGAGCUUUCAAACCGACACACCAAGGCGUACCACGAUUACGAUCGGGAAGAAACCUAUGGUGGCGGUCUGCGGUAUACGGAUGAUUACGACCCACGUCAAGAUAAGCGUCAGCGCACUCGUAACCGAUCUCCGUAUCGCGAUCCACGGAAACAGAAACAGUAUGAUGAGCCGGACUCGAAUGGGAAUUCAGCAGACCGCAAGCGACAAGGCCCUUCCUCUGGUCAGGUAGUGGGUGAAGGAAAGACCCCGGCUGGCUCUCGGGAUUCCAAGCUUGGUGCUGAAACACAAUCAAACCAGGUGCAGCAGGCUCUUCCCUCCCGUGUUCAUUUCGCUGAUGGUGUAAAGCCCCCUUCCGUGGAUGUUGCAGAGGAAUCGCAGCCUUCCGAGCCGGUCGACGAGACUGCUGCCUUGGAGGCACGUCGAAAACGCCGCGAAGCCAUCCAGGCGAAGUAUCGAAGCCAGGCGACACCCCUGCAUCUCAAAGCGCUGCACGCUGGCGAUGGCGAUACGGACUCGUCCACUCCUGGCACGGAGCCAACCAGUGCACAAGAUACGGCGGACUCCCCAUCCUUCUCACCAGCACAAACACCCAAUGAACAGACAGGACAAGGUUUUGCUGAUUUCCAAAUUGGAAAGGACACAGACCUGGUCAGCUCUAGUGUGUCAUUUGAGGGUAUGGAGAAAGAUGGACCUUCGGCUGCAGAUUAUGAUCCUACUAUGGACAUGAAAGAAGAACGAGAAAAACACAACGGUAGUCAAAGUGUGAAGGAGGAAGUAUCAUCCGCAGCAUACGAUGAGACGCAAACCGUGAAGCAGGAUGUUCUUAUCCCUGAUGCUCCGCCUCUUCAACCCCCAUAUAAAAAGGAUCCUUAUGAUAUGUUUGCAGAAGACGACGACGACGAUAUGUUCGCCGAGGAGAAAGAGGGGCAACCAACCCAUGCAUCGGCAAUGUCAGCCAUACCAGAAGCCAAGGAAUUGGACAUCAGCAUGAUGGAUAACUGGGAUGAUCCCGAAGGGUAUUACAACCUCCGCAUUGGUGAGUUGAUCAACGGCCGGUAUCAUGUCACACAAACCCUCGGUAAGGGCAUGUUUUCUUCUGUUGUCCGGGCCACCGACUCCACCACGGGAGCCCUCGUUGCGAUUAAGAUUAUCCGCCAGAAUGAUACAAUGCGCAAGGCCGGUAUGAAAGAGAUUGGGAUUUUGGAGCAGCUGCACGAAGCCGAUCCCGAAGACAAGAAGCAUAUCAUUAAAUUCGAACGCUAUUUCGAACACAAAGGCCACCUGUGCAUGGUGUUUGAAAAUCUGAGUAUGAACCUUCGAGAGGUACUCAAGAAAUUCGGACGCGAUGUUGGACUGAACCUGCGCGCGAUUCGGGCCUAUUCUCAGCAGAUCUUCCUUGGACUGAGUCUCCUUCGCAAGUGUAACAUUCUUCAUGCCGAUCUGAAGCCUGAUAAUCUCCUCGUGAACGAACAGCGCAAUGUGCUCAAGGUUUGUGAUCUCGGUUCCGCGUCCCAUGCUACGGACAAUGAAAUCACCCCGUAUCUGGUUAGUCGAUUCUACCGAGCCCCAGAGGUCAUUCUGGGAAUUCCGUACGACUACGCUAUAGAUGUGUGGUCCAUCGGCUGUACCCUUUUUGAGUUGUACACGGGAAAGAUUCUCUUUACUGGCCGAAACAACAACCAGAUGCUUAAGUCCAUCAUGGAAUGCCGAGGCAAAUACCCGCCUAAGGUUCUUCGUCGUGGGUCUCUGGCCCACCUGCACUUCGACGACAUGCUGAACUUCCACAGCAUGGAGGAAGACAAAAUCACGGGUCGGCCUGUUACUCGCAUCUUGGAUUUCAAAAAACCUACACGCGACUUGAAGAGCCGGUUGACGGGCAAGGGAACCCGUGGAAUGUUGGAUGCUGACGCGAAGGAGCUGACACUGUUCUUUGAUUUCUUGGAUCGGUGUCUGACCCUUAAUCCGGAAAAGCGGAUUACACCCGCCGAGGCGCUGAAACAUCCUUUUUUGAUGCGCAAGACAUAG